AAUCAAAAUUACAUAUAAAGAAUACCUUAACCUCUGACUGGUUUAAAUGGAUCCAAAAAUGUCUACAACAGUCUCACCCAAGGCUCGUGUUAUUAAAAUUCUGAACCGGAUUGGAGCCCGAGGUAUUUUCACUGAAGUCCGGGUGCAGCUGGUCGACCAGCCCAAGAUGCAAUUUAUGCGCACUGUCAAAGGACCCGUCCAUCUCGGAGAUAUUGUCGACUUCGAGGACACCGAACUGACUUGGCAGUCCUCGCAGAAGAGCAAAAGCAACUUCGGUGAUAUUUGCUAGACUAGAGAUCAUUAAUGAAUUAUCUAAAACUAACCUUGUUUAACAAAAUAUAAUUAAUUAAUAUUUGGGAAGAAUUAAUAAAUUUCAAUUUAGGGUAAGGCA